GACACCCUGGGGCGGCAGGGACGGCGGCUCCGCUGGGGGACCCUCCCCCGGGCGAGGGGCGGGUUCGAGAGCUUGGCGCGCGCCCGCAGACCGGGCGACCACACAGCUGCGGCGCGAUGGCACCGGCCGGAGGCCCCGGGGCCAAAAGGGGUAUUUUGGAACGUCUGGAGAGUGGGGAGGUUGUGGUUGGAGACGGCAGCUUUCUUAUAACUCUGGAGAAGAGGGGCUACGUGAAGGCUGGGCUCUGGACUCCAGAAGCGGUGGUAGAACAGCCCGAUGCAGUUCGUCAACUUCACAUGGAAUUCUUGAGAGCGGGAUCAAAUGUCAUGCAGACUUUCACCUUUUCUGCCAGUGAGGACAAUAUGGAGAGCAAGUGGGAAGAUGUGAACGCCGCUGCCUGUGACCUUGCCAGGGAAGUGGCUGGCAAAGGUGAUGCUUUGGUGGCAGGGGGGAUCUGCCAGACAACGGUGUACAAGCACCACAAGGAUGAAGCUAGAGUUAAAAAACUCUUUCAACUCCAGCUAGAUGUUUUUGCCAGGAAAAAUGUAGACUUCUUGAUUGCGGAGUAUUUUGAGCAUGCUGAAGAAGCCAUGUGGGCUGUGGAAGUCUUAAAGGAGUUGGGCAAACCUGUGGCAGCUACCAUGUGCAUCGGCCCAGAUGGAGACAUGCAUGGUGUGCCACCCGGAGAAUGUGCUGUUAAGCUGGUGAAGGCAGGGGCAGCGAUUGUGGGCGUGAACUGCCGAUUUGGGCCCAGCACCAGCUUGAAGACAAUGAAGCUCAUGAAGGAGGGCCUACAGGCUGCGGGGUUGAAGGCGCACCUGAUGGUGCAGUCCCUGGGGUUCCAUACGCCGGACUGUGGCAGAGGAGGGUUUGUGGAUCUCCCAGAAUAUCCCUUUGGACUGGAGCCCAGAGUUGCAACCAGAUGGGAUAUUCAGAAAUAUGCCAGAGAGGCCUACAGGCUGGGGGUCAGGUACAUUGGCGGGUGCUGUGGAUUUGAGCCCUACCACAUCAGGGCGAUCGCAGAGGAGCUGGCCCCAGAAAGGGGAUUUUUGCCACCAGCCUCAGAAAAGCAUGGCAGCUGGGGAAGUGGUUUGGACAUGCACACCAAACCCUGGAUUAGAGCCAGAAGUAACGGAAUGGAAGGAGAUCCCCGGCCAGCCCCAUCUGGAACGCUUCCUUGCCUUCACCCCCAGCCCAGCCCAGCUUGCUGCCUCCAGCUGCUGAACAGCUAAUGUGCCGCUGGCCCUUCGGUUCAGUUCGACAUGUGCAUCUUGUGCCUCUGGUGCCCUCACUGUGGGUAAACACCCACCCAGAUGCGGCAGUGGAUGUGAAGGUGAUGGGAAAGGCCCCUGGGCUUCCAUCCGCUUCCUUACUGUCCAGUCAUGCUGUGGAACAUUCUCUGGAAGGUCAUCAAGAAUAGCAAAACUUGGGCUGCCUGGGUGGCACAGUCAGUUAAGCGUCUGACUUUGGCUCAGGUCAUGAUCUUACGGUUCUCGAGUUU